AGGACCAAGAGGGGACCGCGGGAAGCUCCAGACACAAGACCCCGCGAAUCUGACGUACAAAGGCCAAGGCCGGGCCCGUGUGAGCGGAGGAGCCGCCGCCACCCUCGGCCGCGAUCCCCGGGUCUUGGCCACUCGGAGACCCUGGCACCCGGCGGGGACCUCGGGGACCUCCCGCCGCGAUGAGCCCCAGGCCGUAACCUCCCGAGCCCAGGACAGGCGGCGCCGGCUCAUGGCCCGGAGGUAUGAUGAGCUGAGCCACUACCCCGGCAUUACAGAGCACACGCCAGCCCUGGCCAGCUUUACAGAGGCAGCACCUUCAGUACCUCGAGCCCCUGGGCCCUACACCCCACACCGGCCACCCCAGCUCCAAGCUCCAGGCUUGGACAGCGACAGCUUGAAGAGAGAGAAGGAUGACAUCUAUGGACACCCCCUCUUCCCGCUCUUGGCCCUGGUCUUUGAGAAGUGUGAACUGGCUACAUGCUCGCCCCGUGAUGGGGCCUCGGCUGGACUGGGCUCACCCCCAGGUGGUGACGUCUGCUCCUCUGACUCCUUCAAUGAGGAUAUUGCUGCCUUUGCUAAGCAGAUCCGCUCCGAGAGGCCGCUGUUCUCUUCCAACCCGGAGCUGGACAACCUGAUGGUCCAGGCCAUACAGGUACUCCGGUUCCACCUGCUGGAGCUGGAGAAGGUCCACGACCUGUGCGACAACUUCUGUCACCGCUACAUCACCUGCCUCAAGGGGAAGAUGCCCAUAGACCUGGUGAUUGAGGAUCGGGAUGGUGGUUGCAGGGAGGACCUUGAGGACUACGCAGCCUCCUGCCCCAGCCUCCCAGACCAGAAUACUACAUGGAUCAGAGACCAUGAGGACAGUGGGUCUGUACAUUUGGGGACCCCAGGUCCAUCCAGCGGAGGCCUGGCCUCCCAGAGUGGGGACAACUCAAGUGACCAAGGUGAGAAACUUAAGAGGGACAGAGGAAACGUGGGCGUUGCUCUGAGGAUUAAGGCUAGACUUCCAAGGAGAUUCCCAGGGACACAGCUGCAGUCUGGUGUCUUGGGUGAGGGUGUUGUGGUCCUACGUUGCUUACCAGCACCAAUUGGGCAUGUCUCCCUCCCGGCCCCAGGAGAUGGGCUGGACACAAGCGUAGCCUCUCCCAGCUCUGCAGGAGAGGAUGAGGACCUGGACCUGGAACGCAGACGGAACAAGAAGAGGGGGAUCUUCCCCAAAGUGGCCACCAACAUCAUGAGGGCCUGGUUGUUCCAGCAUCUCUCGCACCCGUACCCCUCAGAAGAGCAAAAGAAACAGCUGGCCCAGGACACGGGGCUCACCAUCCUGCAGGUGAACAACUGGUUUAUUAAUGCCCGGAGACGAAUAGUGCAGCCCAUGAUUGACCAGUCUAAUCGCACAGGGCAGGGUGCAUCUUUCAACCCUGAGGGCCAGCCCAUGGCAGGCUUCACAGAGACUCAGCCACAAGUGACAGUCAGGACACCGGGAUCAAUGGGGAUGAAUCUGAACUUAGAAGGAGAGUGGCAUUACCUAUAGAGACUGGGUUCAAAAGGAAGGAAGGCCCCAGCCUCUGACUAUGACCAUCAGCCUUGCACCUAAUUGGUCCCUGCUGGUCCUUGGGCUUCAGGACUUCACCUCCAAAGCUCCCACCCCAUUCAACGCCUACCUCCCUGGGGCCCCCAGAAGCUUGAGGACCAAGAGCCCACUUGAGGGUAUCUCAAGGGCAAAGACAAAGUCUCCAGGUCCUGUACCCUUCUUCUGCCCUCCCCUUUGCCCAGGACCUGGCAGAGAACUGGGCCAAGGUCUGAAGAAGAUGGUGGCUGGGGCCUCAACCCAGGACAGAGAAGAGACUGGGGUUGGACAACGAUAGUCAAGGAAGGAGGGUCACCUGGAUCCAACGUUUGGGAGAAUCCUCCAUCUUCCUGCCCUCUGCCUCCCCCACCUCCCUUCUCUGA